AGAACAUCUGCCCGAUUAGCCCGCAUUGUAAGGCAUAUAGCAGAGGUAUAAAAUCCAGCAAAAGGUCGUCUUAAAAUAAUCAUUAAAAUUGAGGACGAUUCGUUCAAACCAAAAGGCUAUUUUUAAAUCUUUCCUCCUCGGAAACCACCAUGUACACCAUCGAGAAACCGUUGGAAGGGACCUUUGUCUACUCUCUAUUUGGCGUUCAACAGCCUGACAGUUUUCAAUCACCUGCUGUUGAAAAUCUUAUCAGAGCAUUCAGUCAUCUCAUGGAUGAUGCCAACUGCCACCUUGAUCAAGUAACCCAGGAUGGGAUUCUUUCGCCAGGGUUAGGGAAGACACGGAUAUGGAUUGCCACGUGGAAAUCGGUCGCCGACUUCGAGGCAUGGUGGGAGUCAGACAAUGUUGUCAAAUUUUGGUCUUCUCUCCCUCCUGAUGCAGGCAUGUGGCGCGAGUUUGUCAAGGUCCCAUACGGUCGAUCCCAUUACCAAGCCACGCAAAACCGGCAAGCAGGUUUAGGCGUCCAUUUUUCCCACAAGCCGGCCGAGAAAAAAGGUUACUGGGGCUGGAUAAGAGAUUCCAUCGGAGAGCUAUCUAAAGAAAACCGCAUGGAUUCCCUUUUGUCGGCGCCACCAAUACCGGAACGAGAGGCCUCUCUCAAAGAAAAGACUUUGGGACGCGUCACAGUCAAUGGGUUUCCUGACAAUAUCUGCUUUACUAUUGAGAGGCAGGACCUUUCUGAGAUGACAGGAGUUGAAAGAGGUGUUUGGUUUGAUCAAUUUGACCAAGCUGUCGGCAAGUGGAUGGACGAUCUUUCGCAGGCAGCCCCAGAAGCGGGAAUUUUAACAUCCCGUAUGUGCUAUGACGAGCGCCUGGGGACCUACAAGGAAGGAGAUAGUGAGUUCCACAAGCACAACAAAACGAUCGAACUGUUCUACUUCAUGGAUCUCAGGGCCAUGGAACGACUGGGUCGAUCUAACAAAGGCCAUGUUGCAUUGCGUAACAAUAUUUUGAAAACAUAUGGACCAGGCGGGGCUAUGUCAGAAUGUGGGAAAAUGGCCUUGUGGGUGGAGACCAACAUCCUUAAGGCACCUGAGAUUGAUGCCGAGUAUGUUGGAUGCGUUCCCGGGACGGGCUUUAUGGCUUAUCAGAACCAUGAAGCAUUUCGAUGUCAGAAGUAGGCAAAAUACUUUAAAUUAUAUUUUACUGUCUAUAUUCCAUGAGAAGUGUGGGCCAUUGUCUUUUUGGUAGUUUUUAUAAAUAUAUCACUGCCAUAUCCGCGUUUACUAGGGUCGUGAAAUGGGGUGGUUAGCUUCCUUGACGAAAUUUGGCCUCAUCAUCUGCUGA